AUGGGAACACAUACCUCUCAGUACGGACGCACGUCAGGAUCCCCGUGGUCCCCCAAGGCGGCCGCUAUUUCGCCUCUGCCAACUGCCCCUCCUCAAGAGGGUUCCAACCACCGCAAGCACCCCCUGGGCUACCAGUAUUGCCUUCUUGUUUGCCCUCCGAAUGCCUCGGGCACACACCGCUGGCCUGACUACCACCACCACCUCCACUACCAGACUGUCUUCUCGAGGGGUACGGGUCUGAAAAUGUUGUGGGCCGGACCUGUUACCGAGGCCUUGUCGACUGGCCGGUCGGUUCCGGCUCGCGGCUUGCCAACAGUUCGGCUGCCUCUUGACCGCUCGCUGCCUUCGAGACCGGUUCUGCCAGACGCGCUGGCCCGAGACGGCCGGACAAGGCGGUCUGGUGGUGCUUGGUUCCGUCUGGCUUAUUGGGUUUUGGUCUUUGUCUCUGUAUCUAUCCAGCGACGUCACCAAGCGGGUGGAGGGUUGAUGAGGCGAGAAAAUCUGCUACAGAACAGGAGCGUCAACCUGUGA